AUGGCAACUUCAGCUGACCAUCCACUAGCAGCUUGUGCCACAGAAAUGGACUUUGAUCUAGAUCUUAAUUCUAUCAAUAUUGUGGACCUAGAUUUUAGAGAGGACACCCUUUAUUUCAUAGAAACAGUUAAACAGGAAUUCAGCAAGCUUGACAAACGUUGUGUCAUCUUACGAAACACAAAGAACAGAGUUCUUGUAAUACUCAAAGAUGGGAAAAUGGCUGUAUUUGAGGAGAUGCGUGAUUCUGAAAUUAAAGACAAUGCACCUCGGACUCAAUUUAUAAUACAACAUUAUAAAGAGACUAUGCCCAAAGGGUUAGCUGUAGCCAUCUCUGUGAGGACUGAGAAAAAGAUUUAUACGCUAUCCUGCAAGAACAAAAAACUUCAUUUUAAGGAAGGUACUGCCCCAGACAAAAUUGAUGGCAAAGAACAGGAUGUCUUAUUCUACCAAGAGGGAAUUCCGGGCCAUAAUGACAAGAUGCAAUUUAAAUCUUUUUUGUACCCAGAAUACUACCUGGCAUGUAAAGAAAAUAAGGGUCGUUUUAAACUUAUUUUAAAGAAAGGGUGCCAAGAUGAGGAAGGGUCUACAAGAUUUUUAGUCCAAAACUGUACUAAGACAGACUCGUAG